GCACCACACACUACGGUAAAUCGCAGCACCAACUGGCUCGGCUGUUGCAGUGAGCUGUUUGGGCUGUGACACGGCAAACAGGCGAGGCGAGAGGUUGGCAGCUGCGGUUGGAAAAAAGAGCGAUACGGAGGCAGCAACAACGGCGAUAAGGUGGAGAUAAGCAGUUUUCUAUUCAGUCCUGAAGUGCUGCAUUCUCCUGCUCUUGACACUGUGCACGGAUAGAUUGUGUGGUGUGUGAAACUAGACAUCAACGAGCCAGCGGAUAAGAUGGCCUACAAUCCCAAUCCCUGCUUCAAACUGACCGUCCGCAUGCAGCGGGAUAGCCCCAACAUCCGGUGGGGCUUCCGUAUGCAAGGUGGAGCGGAUUUCAACAACUUGCCACUGUCGGUUCAAACGAUCACUCCGGGAUCGUUGGCGGAAGAGGUCGGUUUGCAACCGGGUGACAUCAUAACGGCCAUUGGCGAUCCACCCAAUCCAGCCAUGAACUGGACACACGCGGAAGCUGAACAGGUUAUUCGUCAGUGCAUGGAUUAUCUGGUCUUGACCAUUCAAAGAGGCGGAAGCGCAAAAACCUGGGAAAUUGGUCGCUCGGCUGGAGCCGAUUUGCCGUCGAGCGGCAAUUACGCGUUGAACCAACGUAAUAACGCUGCCUCCUCCAUCUCCGCCGCGCUCCCCACUCAGAGCAAAUGGGGCGGACCAGCGCAGUCGCAGCAGAACUACGGUGGUUCCAAUGAUUCGUAUGUGCAGCAUUCACUGGCGGCCAACAAACAAGACUGGAACCCCGUGGGCAGCAGCCAUAAUCGUAGUGCUCGUCCAUUCGGCAGCGGCGGUUCAUACGGCGGAGGCCCGGAGAAUUCACUGGCCGGCACACUGAACAACGCCUCACCGAUUAUCCACAAUCCCUACAAUUCACCCAUGGGACUGUACUCGGCGCAGAACGCUAGCGAUGCGUAUAAUGCGCAGUCGACAGCUCUCCUGGCUGGACGAAACAAAAAAGGCCAAACAGACGAUGGUCCUAGCCCAACGAUGAAGGCGGUUCAGCAGGUGGAGCAGUUUGGGGAUUUUGCCGGUUCCUUCGGGCAGUCAGCCGCUCAAGCCGGCCCGACUGGAUACGGUGGUUCUUCGUACGGUGGUCGACCGGGUGGUACCAGUCCUGCACCAGGAGGAUACCGCCCGGUGCAGGCACCCAGCACCAUGUCGCCGGAUCAUUAUCAACAACCCGUCACUCAAGUUCCAAAGUGCUCUGCUUGCCAGUCUGGAAUCGUAGGAGUUUUCGUUCGGGUUCGUGGUCAACCCAUGUGUGUCUCGUGCUACAAGUGCGCACGGUGUGGAAUACCCCUUAAAACUAUUGGGCAUUUUAUCGUGGAGGACCAGCUUUAUUGUGAGCAGCAUGCAAAGCAGAUGACUCGGCCUGGAUACGGAGGAUUUGAAUCCCGGACAGUGUACUCCUAGGAUCGCACUGGCUUGAGAAAACUGACGGAUAUUUAUGGGAACUGAUUAUAAUUUCGUCAUAAAAUCGUCAACGGUGCCUUUUUCCGGUUGACCCAUCCGGUUCCAUAAGAAAGCGUUAAAGAAAUCAAAAAAGAAGGUUGAAUCUGGUCAUGAAUGCCGUUUGUGCCUUUGGUUGAGUUUCGUUUUAUGUAUAAUGUUAGUUGAUGUCAGUAUAAUGUGUCAGGUUACAUUAAGGACACACUACUUUUCAUUUAUACCGAAGUUUGCUGUUGUUUCGUUUUGCUGCGUAAAUGUAUGUUUUGCGUAAUCUUAGAAAAUCUGCAUUAUAUGCAUAUCUUGCUGCUGUAACCACGAUAACGAUAAUUUGGUUUCAGCCUGAUAAGCUGACAAUAAUUUGAUCAAUUUAUUCGACUGUG